CGAGAUUUCAGACAGACGAGCCUGCAAUAUGGCGAUCAAAAUGCAGUAUGGCACGAAACAUCCCGUGGUUCUAAUAAUCAUGCUCCUUUUGAUUGCAUACGUAGUAGGCCCAGUCUAUGCCGACGAAGCCCCAGGCGCUCCCGCCGAGGAGAAGUGCGACUCGUGCACUCCAAGCCCACCACCGCCGGUUCCAUCCCCACCACCACCAUCACCGUGUCCUCCUCCACCAGCGCCUCCACCACCAUCACCGUGUCCUCCUCCACCAGCACCACCGUCACCCCCGCCUUCUCCCAAGCUGCCACCGUGCGGCCCAUGCGGUCAAUACGCGCCUCCACCGCCGUCAACGCUGACAUACAUCACCGGUCCGCCGGGACAGUUGUACCCUAUCGAACAGAAUUUCAACGGUGCCAGUCGGAGUUCGGUCAACGCGUUACCGGUUUUGCUUGGGCUGCUGGGUCUCCUGGCUUUUUGGUGAUCAAUUAUGACUUGUUAAUUCAUAUGGUAAGUACGCAUUACAAAAUUAAUUCAGAUGAUUACAAGGGAUAUAAAAUUUAAUUUCUGGAUGUUAUAGUUAAGGAUAAGAGUUUCAGAGCAGGACUAUCAUUUUUGUAAUCGAGGGAAAUAUUAAGGGCACAAAGGGGAUGGUCAACACUUUCGUUUGAUUCUUGCUCUAGUCUCAUCUCUAGUCAAUUGUGUAAUAAUCUUCCUUAACAAUCUUUCGAUUUCAAUUUUAUUAUCAAUAGCAUUAGAGUUCGUUCGUAAUCA